AUGGGCGGCGUACCUGAAGUCAACGUCCCGCUGCGCCACGUAGUCGAGACUCACUGGGGCGACAAACGGGGUAUCACGCUCAAGUCGCUCAACGUCACCUCAAACGGCGUCCGAGCCGAGGAGUGGUGGAAAACCCUCAUCCCCAAAGCCAUAUCCAAGGACGUCCUGGACCGCGGUGCACGACAGUGGACGAACCCCGCCAUCACGAUCACGAUGGCGCCCAAAGGCAGCAAGAGGUCUUACGCCAAGGAACUUGAAAAGGAAUUCGCCGACGAAUUCGAAUCUUGCGCAAAGCUCAUCGCGCAAAAGGCCGAGGAGUUAGACGAUCUCUGGUUCGCAGCAUACCGGAACGCCAACAUAGGAAGCGAGCCCGAAUCUCUCAGACAGCAUUCGAUUCGCUUCGUGUUGGACGACGGUGAUCGCAGUGGGCCCUUACUCAACGGCCUGCCGGAGAUCGUGGUGCUUCCGACUGUGAAUCGGCGUAGCGACGGUAGCGUUAUCUGGGCGGAAUUCAAGAGUGCGGAUAUUCAGAAGUGGAUGGGUACGGGAUCUAAGAAUAUUCAGGGUGUGGCAAACCAGCCGCAUGCCUUGCCAAAGGCUAGGAUGGUAUAUGUACUCCGCACGACACAGGGCGAAGAGCUUAGGAAAUGGGAGGAAUGGAAGCAAUGGCAGGAAGGCUUUGCAGCAGCCGCUCGACGUCGCUAA